GAACUCAGGUGUGGAAUGUUGUCCGUGACAGAUUCCAUUCAAUGUAUCUACUUCCUUAUUUUGAUCGGAAUUAGCCUACUGAUUUUCCAAGAACAUUUCGUGUUUCACUCGCAAAAUGCGAUCUACUGAGCUGAAGUUGGUGAAAUAUUACAAAAUCAUAUGUAAAAGUUAAAUUAUGUUGAGUGUCGUUGCGGUUUAGCUCAAACGUUUGAGAAACUGCUCAAACGCUUUGAAACUCGACGGAGCGGUUUAACAACUACAAUGGACAACUUUUACUGAUCUUGUACGGAGUUAUGGAGACGUUUGUUUUAUUUUUUGUUACGUUACUGGUGGAUGGUGUGUUUGGUUAUAUGGAUGAAGUGAAGUCAGUGUCAGUGAUGGAGGGAGAUUCUGUCACUUUAUACACUGAUCUUACUGAAAUACAGAAAGCUGAGCUGAUACUGUGGACAUUUGGAUCUGACAGCACUCGUAUAGCUCAAAUAAACAGAUUGAUUAAUAAGAUCUCAUAUUACGAUGGUCCUGAUGAAAGAUUCAGAGACAGACUGAAGCUGGACAGUCAGACUGGAUCUCUGACCAUCACAAACACCACAACUCAACACGCUGGACUCUAUCAACUACAGUUCAUCGGUGGAAAACCGGUCACACCCAAGAAGUUCAGUGUUAUUGUUUCUGCUCGUCUACCUAUUCCUGUCAUCAGCAGUAACUCUUCACAAUGUUCUUCUUCAUCAUCAUCAUCAUCAUAUUGUUCACUGUUGUGUUCAGUGGUGAAUGUGGGUCAUGUGACUCUCUCCUGGUACAAAGGAAACAGUUUAUUGUCCAGUAUCAGUGUGUCUGAUCUCAGCAUCAGUCUCUCUCUACCUCUGGAGGUGGAAUAUCAGGAGAAAAACAGCUACAGCUGUGUGAUCAACAAUCCCAUCACAAACCAGACCACACAUCUGGACAUCAGCAAACUCUGUCAACCAUGUUCAGCACCAGGUUUGUCCGCAGGUCAUAUAGCAUUGGUUUGCUUUAGUGUUCUGGCUGUGGUUCUAGUUUUGUGUGGUAUUUUCUGUGGUAUUUUCUUUUACUAUCACCACAGGAGGUCUACACAAGCAGAUCAUCAGAGCAAACCUUAUGGAGAAGAAAAUAUUAUGCUAACUAAUGCAGAUGGAGAAACACUUGAACAGGAGAGACAUUUACAAAACAAUAAUUUUGUGGAGAAAGAUGAAAUUAAGUCUGUAAUAGCAAUGGUGGGAGAAAGAGUCACGCUACACACUGAUCUCACUGAAAUAAAGGAAGAUGAGCUGAUACGGUGGAAGUUUGCAGAUUCCAAAAUAUACAAAUUCGCUGAAUUUUUUGUCAUAGCCAAAUGGGAUAAAACAAACAAUGAGGAAUACCUACAUGAUGACCACAAAUUCAAAGACAGGUUACAUCUGGACCACAAUACUGGAUCUCUGAUCAUCACAAACAUCACACCUAAACACUAUGGACAUUACAAACUGCACAUCACCAGCGAGGGACGGGAUAUCUCAAAGACUUUCAAUCUUGUAGCUCAUGACCCAAAGAAGAGACCGGGUACAAUCCUGAGAAGAGAAACUUGCCCUUGAUAGCAGAAUUUGAGUAUUAGUAAUCAGGGGCGUCGCACCCGUGGGGGAUGUGGGUGUUUUCCCGAUGAGAGGGUUCAAGACCCGCAUGUUUUCUGCAGUUUUUCCGCAGUUUUGCACAAACCCCUUACUACAGUCGCUCCUCCGUUUUUUCUGGCCGCUCUGUGUCUGUGCUUGCUGCUGCUGUCUCCUCCCCCCUCCCUCUCAAACAUGACACCGGCUGAUGAUUGGCUGUUCUGCCUUAAGUCCCGCCUCUCUUGGCGUGUUAUCGGCCAGCUCGUGCUGAGGAGGCGGGAACUUAUGGUUAUGGUUAUUUACAUUUCCCUUUUCCAGGUACUUUGAAUGAGUGUUUAUGCUUUCGAGGUUUUUUAAAUAAACUUGAUAUGCGUUUAGGAAGAUGUUCUGUUAUCGUUUUGUUGACAUGUCUUGUGUUCUCGGUAGGCUAUUAUAUUUCGUUUUUUAGACUAAUGCUAAUUGCUAUUAUUGGGAUAUUGUUCAGUAGCUAGUUAAAUUCGGUUAUGUAACGUUAUGUGGCAUGCGAUGUAUAACAUAACUGUGAUGAAGAAGGGACUGCCAUUGUUAAGCAAUUUAUUUAUGGGUUCAUUGCCAGUGCAACUGAUUUUGAUAUCUUGAGCAUUGUUUGUUGAUUAGCUGAAUACUUUUGUGGAUACUUACCUGUUGUGUUUGAUUGUAACGUUACCUGUUGAGGAGAAAAAAGUGAGAAAUGAUGACAUUGUUUGAAAACCUGUUGAAGAACUAUGAAAGAAAAGUGUAUAUUAUUUUAAUGUUUAAAAACAGUAAAUUGUUACAUUAUUUAUACCACCAGAUAAAACGCUGUGUGGGUGUUUUUUCUUUUCUUUUUUUUUUUUUCUUUUUAUGUAGGAUUAUUUAUUUUUCCCAUCCAAAUGCUGCAAGCCGGAAAUCCGGCACAGUGCCGGAGAACUUUAAUUCCUGCAUUUUGUACCUCUCUGUCACUGUAUUAAUCGUUUUUAUUGUUUAUAAACAAACCACAUCCAUCCCCCGCACUUUUGAAAAGCUUGCUACGCCCCUGUAUGUAAUCCAUAUUUCAGUUUAAUUGCCAGACUAAUGGAACAUAGUUCUUCUUAUUUAUCUCAAUCAUUGUCUUGGUAAUUCAAAACGAACUCACAGUUUCUCAAGGCUAUUUGUCAAUAUGCGUUCUUUAGCGAUCUUGCGUCCUUGCUUUACUUCAACAUUAACCGUCGAAGUUCAGUUCCAGUUCUCAAGAACGCAAGUACAGAGAAUGCAUGAAGUGCCAGAAUGUGUUCUUGAUAUCGAGGAUGAAUCGCGUGCAGACUUGAGAGAAUCCAGCCGUUAGAAAUCCCAGAAGACGCUGCGGGCGGCCGGUGUACGGAAGCCUGCAAGCUUUAAACUCACUCUCGCAAGUACUUGACGGCUCUUGAAAGUGAACAUUUAUCGUUUUGUUUUGCUUAAUUUUAAU